CUAAAAAACUCCUCUCACUUUCAGACACUUUCCCAUAUAACCCAUCUUCAAACGCAGAAAAUUUUCCCUUAAGAAGUGGAUUUCCUUACCCCAAAAACAUAUAGAUUCAUAUCUAAUCUCUCAAAUCUUCUUCACCAUUCAAUUGAAGAAACGGGUUCAAAGAUUUUCCCCAGAAAAUCUGAUCCCUCUCUCUCUCUCUUCCUGAAUGCUCUAAGUUAUCCUCAAAUAGAAAGUGGUUCUCUAACAACUGCAAAAAAAAAAAAAAAAAAAAAAAAAAAACACUUUUCUUGGAAAUUCAGGAAAAGGGUUUGAAGAUUUUCUCGGGAAAGUGAUUUCCAGAUUUGAAUUUUAAGAAAAGGCUAUGUGGAACAACAACAAGAUUUUUCCGGCAAGGGGGUUAAACAUGUUCAGUUCAAAUUUCUACCUGUAUAAUUCGUUCACUGAAAUGUUGGGGCCAGAGAGUCUUGCAAAGGUUCUUCCUGGAGUUGAAACCAUUGAAGAAGACGACGGGUUGGAAUUCUGGCCAAGUGGCGAUUUCUCUACUGUUGAUGAUGAUUGUGAUUUUUUGGUGAUGGUAGUAACGAUGAGGACUUGUCCAUCAACAUCAAUACACUGCUUGACAUUCUUGGAGAAGAUCCUCAGCCUUCAAAAUUAUAGUAAAAAGGAACUCAGCCACGAGUUAUGAAGCGCAGAAAUGGAGAAUAUUCUAACUCAUUUACAGCUCAAAGUCCACUUCACAAUCGAAUGGGGGUAAAAGCCUAAAUGGAACACGACAAGCUUUCCAACAAGAUAUACGUAUCUCUAAUAUACAAUUGAGUUUAUCUUGAUUGUUUGAAAAGGCUUACCAUAAGAUUUGACAUGAUUAGUUAUUAUAUGUGCCAUCUAAAUCCGAGGUUUACAAAAUUCUUAGGUAGGAAAGUCCCAAUUAGAUGG